ACGACCAUGUACAUUGUUCCACUGCAGCAGGACCUUGAUCUUACUCCACUGCCAUCUGAUGCCACUGAAUUUCAAAAAAUGCCUAAGGCUGCAUGCCAAGUGUGCAAAGAAAACAUGCCUCUGCAUAUCCUAGCAUUGCACAUCGAGGAUUGUAUGGAGUCUGCAGCAGAUGAUGAUGAUGUUAAUGCAUAUAACAGAGAAGAUAUUGCAAAACAAUACAUGUAUAUGGACUGUCAAAAUGAGGUCCAGGUUCUUUCUGUCACAAACUCACCACCUGUUCACCCUAACAAGGAGUCCAGAGAUUGUGACCAGGAUAGAAAGGAAUGCCCUAUAUGUUGUGCCUGCUUUCCAUCAGAUGAAAUUGUUCUGCAUGCAAGCCUGUGUGGUGAAAGUCUACAAGACACGUUGAACUACAGUUCAGACAGCUGUGUGCUACAUGAGGGAAGCUUAUCUAUGGCCGACAUGUCUAGUGAUGAUGAUGUACUCCAGUGGCUUGCAAGCCAAGUAGAUGCAAGCAAAGAUUUUAAGAUCUGCAUCACCCGGGACAACCUUUUCCAAAGAGGCCUAAUUCAGUGGCAGAGACAGAAGAAGGGCUCACCUGUUAACAAACUCAAUGUGACUUUUAUUGGCGAAGCUGGAAUCGACACUGGAGCAUUAAGUAAAGAAUUUUUGACUGGUAAUGUAUAUUUAGGACAACCUCUGGCACCAAACACUACUGAAAUCAGGUUCAUAGGUGCAGUAUUUUUUAUUUACUGAACUGUGUUUUCUGUCAUCAAUUAUUUAGAAAUGAUGCAUGGUAUUG